AUGGUGUCGUCCUUCCUUCCGACGCCCAGCUCGGCGGAGGUCGUCGGCACCGGGGAAGUGCUGAAAGUGGGCACUGCUUUCGCCCGGGGCACAUUUGGCACUGUGCACCCGGUGGAAGGCAAGGUGAAUGGCGCGGAUGCAGUGGUGAAGCUGCCGCGAGUCCACAGGUUGCCUUUCCACGUCAACGACGUGCUCCUUCUGAACGAAGUGGACGAUGAGAAGCGAGUGCGUCGUCGCGAGGAAAUGCUGCAAGAGGAAGCGAAGGUUCUUCAGUUUCUUCGCGAUUGCCGGGGCGUCGUUCCUUGGCUCUGCAACAUCCGGGCAUGGAUCGGCGGUGUGCAGGUAACUGGCAUGGCCUUGCAGAAGAUGGACGGCACUUUGCGACAGCUUUGGACGCACAGCAACAGUGCCCAGCUGAACGUCAAUCAGAAUCGUUGCAACAGCAUCCGCUUGGCAGGCAUCCUAGGGUCCGCGGUUGACAUUCUCUGGGCAUUGGGCAGGAUGCGCGAGUGUGGCUUCUGCCACAUGGAUAUAACGCCGGAGAACUUGCUGUGGAGUGAAGCCCACUGCCAGUUGUACCUGGCGGACUUCGGCUCAGCUAGGCGACGGUCAGGGUUCACAUGGCAGGCAUUGCAGGAUCUGCCCGAAAGAGCCAACAUCCGGCGGAGCUAUGCUUUGGCUUUCAGAGGGGUGUGGCAGGUGCUGCCGCAGCUGUACGAGCAGUUCGAGAACGAGGCGGUCGGUAUACGCUCCUUUAUGCGGACUGGCAUUCGCGGACAGUCGAGCUGCCCCUUCGAUCCACCGGAACCCGAGGAGCCAUGGGGCCGGGCAGAUCCGACGUGGCCAUCACUUCUGGAGGCACGUGUCCAGCUGCGGGCCUUGAGCAGUAGGCUGGAGGCGCUUCCACUGCAGCCGGAGCACGAGCUCAAGCAGAAGGGAGAUGCCUUCUUGGAUGAUGCUUUGAGAAGGAGCCUCCAGGACUGGCAACCGGCACAGAGUCGCGAGAGGCUCAGGAGGCUUCAGGAGCUCGACCUCUGGCGGGGGAUGCAUGGCCCCGAACCCAGCGGACCUCUCGUCUUCUGGCACAGAGAUGCCUCCGGCACGGCCGUGGACAUCAUGUCCUUCGACUUUGGGAAGUUGGGCGACCAGCCGCAGUACUUGGUGCACGAGGCGAAGAAGGAGCUCGCCGCCCGCUUGGGCUGCUGUCCUCCCCAAAUCAAGCUGUGGGCUUUCCUGCGACCCCGCUUCGAAAGUUUGGAGAAGGAGGAGGAGGUCUUCCCAGGUUUGCACCCCGAGCAGUUGGAUUUGCCCAGCCUGCGCGUGGAGGUGAUGCCAGUCGAGCAACUCCAGAAGGGGAUCGACUUCGAGUUCACUGCGCACCUGUUGAAAAUCAGCUACGAAGAGGUCUGGUACCUGCUGAACAGCCGCCACCUACACCCCGACUGUAUCUCUCUGCGGGACCUCAUCGAUGCAGGGCCCGGGGCAUGCAGUGCGGCGCUGGAGAAGAAGGCGGAUCCCAACCAGACCAGUGACCGGAGAUGGAGAGACAGGGCGGGAUACUAUGGAGAUGGCAGACGCACUACACCCUUGACUUACGCAGUAGAGAAGACGUAUGGGUGGGACGACCACGACUGGGAUCUCAAAGAGAAUGCCAAGGCUAUGCAGAUCAUGCAGAUGCUCCUGAACGCUGGAGCACGGGUCAACAAGGUCGAUGGCAACGGCAACACUCCUUUGUCAUUGGUGAGCAUCGAUGCCGAAACGGCGAGGCAAACCGAAGCUUUCCAAGUCAACGUGCAGCUGCCGCAGGUGCUGCCGAGAAGCUGUCGGGGAUGUAGGGCUGCACGUGGACACUUCCACGGCGAGACUGUUCCGUCAUUGGUGAGCAUCGAUGCCGAAGCGGCGAGGCAAAACAGAGCUUUCCAAGUCAAUGUGCAGCUGCCGCAGGCUAUACGGUCUGCAUGCCAGU